AUGAGAGAGAUUAUGAAAGAUGUAGCUCAGGAGUGUAUUGACGCAGCAAUCGAGGCCAACAACAACCAAGAUCAAUGGGAUGAUAGUGGGGACGAGGGAGUCGCGCUUCUUGCCCUGAUUGGGUUCCUCGCCUACGCAUUUUCAUUUCUAUUCAACUUGGCAAUUAACGAGGAUGAUCACGUCCAAAAUCGCAAUUUCAUCUUCGACAAAGCCGCACUUGUCAAUCUUACGAAACCCCACCUCCCAAACGAGACUUCUUUUAUUUUCGACCGUGAAGGGAAGGCCGGCAGGUUUGAAGUGUGGGUGAAGUUUUACCCAUUAGCUGGGCCGACUGGAAGUUUACAGACAACCACUUUCUAUGCUGAAAGCUGGUGGACCCCCCCGCAAACGGUCUCAGGAAAAUCUGUAGAUGGCUCAGGCAUGACCGUCUUCAAAAACGAUAUCACAUGCGUUUACCGCGACAGAGACACUCAGCAUCUGAUGGUCACGAAAUUGCCUCCAGGCAGCGGGAAGCUCUGGACAGUGCCAGCUCGCAUCAGUGUGAACGAGGGUGGUACAGCAAAGCCUGGUCCGCCGGGACGUCCGUCUCUGGCUGUUUUCAAGGAUAAAUUGUUCUGUGCCUUCCGGAAACUCGAUGGUCGCAUAGCAAUUAUACACACCGAAGAUAACCAUUCGUGGAAAGGGCAAACAAAUAUAGGCCUCGAGAGUAAAGGGUAUUCGCCGUCAGGCCCAGCCUUGGGUGCUUAUGAUGGGGCAAUAUAUUGUGUUAUCAGAGGAAUGGACAACAGAACAUAUUCCCUCCCUUCAUCCACCGGCACCAUAUGGUAUAAUGACUUUACAAUGUUUUCGGGGAGCAGGACACAAGGAGCUCCGGCCGUCUGUGUUUUCGAUAAAAAGCUGCAGAUCUUCCAAUGGGACAUCAACAAACAAUUUUAUCUUGCCACCUACAGUAAUGGGAAUUGGGGGAACUUUUCUCCUGUCGACUCGGCCUUUCCACUCUUUUCUUCUCCUGCGGUAGCAGUCCGCAACGAUAAGAUGUGCCUGGUAUAUAGAGGAGAAGAAGGGGCGUUGUUUUGGAGGACUCGUGGCGUAUCUGGGGGCUGGAGCGGGAAGACUAAGGUGCAGGGUAUUUUCUGCGAAUCAGAACAAGGUUUGUGCUUUGAUGGCCAGCAAUUGUGGUGUAUCUUUCCGACAAAAUAGGUGGUAUAGGUGGUAAUCUUUGAGGAAUAACAUCUAUCGAACCGUCAACCGGGGAUAGUAUAUUUGAGUCUGAGAUAUAUGAACCCGAAU